AUGGGUGGUGGAGGAAAUAGAGAUCUCUCUGAUGAAGGAAGUGGCGGUGGCGGUGGGGAUGGAGACGAUGAAUGUGGCAGCGGAGGUGGCAAUGGAAGUGGUGAAGUGGGUAAAGGUGUGCAGGAGGAGAAUCAAAAGGCAAUGGUGGCGAACAAUCAGGUAGAGGCAACAAUUGAAAAUAAUUGUUUGGAGCUGACACCAGAAUCGUAUCUGCAUCUGGCUGAAUUUUUGCAGUCUCAAAAGCCCCAUUGUUGGACAGUGGUCUUUCGUCUUUUUGGUGUUCAGACACAUCUUCCAUUUCAAGCUCACCAUCCACCUGACGGCACCGUUGAUGGAGGAGCAAUUAUCGAUCCUUCCCAGAAGGCCGGAGUCGGCGGGAACAAUAAUGGCGCGUUGGUGGUGAAGAAACCACCGGCGAAGGACCGCCAUAGCAAGGUCGACGGUAGAGGCCGCCGCAUCCGCAUGCCUAUAAUCUGCGCCGCCAGAGUUUUCCAGCUGACUCGUGAGCUCGGACACAAGUCUGAUGGACAGACAAUUGAGUGGCUUCUACGCCAGGCGGAGCCGUCGAUUAUAGCUGCCACUGGUACAGGUACUACUCCAGCCAGUUUCUCAACCGUCUCUGCCUCCAACGGUAAUUCUUCUUCCGUCUCUGCUGCCCUAGACCACAAGCCUCAUUCUCAGUCUUUGCUUUCACCAACGCCGUUCAUUCUCGGCAAGCGUCUCCGUCCUGACGUUGAAGACCAACACCAACACCAACACCACAUCGCUAAAGAUGACGUUACAGCUUCCGUGGGUCCCACGGUGGCGGCUGCUGGAGGGUUUUGGGCAUUGCCUGCCAGGCCAGAUUUUGGGCAAGUCUGGAGCUUUGCUGCACCUCCUGGUGAAAUGGUGGUUGCAGCCGCUGCAUCGAAUAAUCCCCAGCAGCAGCAGCAACAGCAACCUACGUCUUCCUUGAGGUUUCUUCAGCAGCAACAGCCGUUGGGGAUGGGGGAAGCGUCAGCUGCAAGGGUUGGCAAUUACUUGCCCAUAGCUCAAGUACAGGGACACCACCUCAAUUUGCUGGCAUCUCUAUCCGGUCAUCCACCUCAAUCCUCCGAACAACGAAGGGAAGGUGAUGCGAAUUGA